UCGGGGCGGGCGCAGCCCCGGGCGCAGCCGCCAUGGGCUUCGGGGACCUGAAGUCCGCCGCGGGCCUCCGCGUCCUCAAUGACUUCCUGGCCGACAAGAGCUACAUCGAGGGGUACGUCCCUUCGCAGGCUGACAUAGCAGUCUUCGAAGCGAUCGCUGCGCCGCCGCCUGCGGACUUGUUCCAUGCUCUCCGGUGGUACAAUCAUAUUAAGUCGUAUGAAAAGCAAAAGGCAAGCUUGCCAGGAGUAAAGAAGGCUUUGGGAAAAUAUGGUCCUGCUGAUGUUGAGGACACAACAGGUGCGGCCACAGAUAGCAAAGAUGAUGAUGACAUUGACCUUUUUGGAUCUGAUGAUGAGGAGGAAAGUGAAGAAGCAAAGAAACUGAGGGAAGAACGUCUGGCCCAGUAUGAAUCAAAGAAGUCCAAAAAACCAGCUGUUGUUGCCAAGUCAUCAAUCUUGCUUGAUGUGAAACCUUGGGAUGAUGAGACAGACAUGGCCAAACUAGAGGAGUGUGUUCGAAGCAUUCAAGCAGAUGGCUUGGUCUGGGGCUCUUCCAAGCUAGUACCUGUUGGCUAUGGUAUCAAAAAGCUUCAGAUCCAGUGUGUUGUCGAAGAUGAUAAAGUUGGAACAGAUAUGCUGGAAGAGAGAAUAACAGCUUUUGAAGAUUAUGUACAAUCAAUGGAUGUAGCUGCUUUCAAUAAGAUUUAAGUCUUGAUAUAUCUAGAAUAAAUGUUGUUGCAAAAAA